AUGGCUUCCUCGCUCCGUCCUCAAUUCUUCUGUACCCGCCCAAAUGGUACCUUCACUCCGCUUAUCGCUGUUGAUGAAUUGCCUCCUCACCUCUCAAUUCGCGGGGUUCCUCGUGUCCUGUCCCCCAAUGAGACUCAAGGAAUGACAAGCUUGGGUACUGUGAAUUCAAGGACUCAAUCCUACAUCGUCGAGGGCAUGGCGCCAGCCUCAAACCGUGCGUCAUCGACCAACGCAAACGGCCAUCGUUCUCGAGACUAUGACUUACAGACUGCACUCAUGAGACUUGCUUCCGAUGAAAACAUUCCAGCAAAUCAUCGUUUGGCUCUGAGUGCUUUGCUGCAGCAGGGGGUGACUCAAAACUGGUCAGUGACCAAUACUGCCAGCAGUGGAUGGAUGGUCCCUAGUGUCAGCGGUGCUUCUGGCGGUGGCUCGAGACAGAGUAAUCAUUUCGGUGCGAAAAAAGAAUACUGCUCUUACUGGAUCCGGCAUGGCGAGUGUGACUACCAACAACAGGGAUGUCUUUAUAAGCAUGAGAUGCCUAGAGAUCUGGCAACCUUGGAGAAGCUUGGUCUUCGUGAUAUUCCCCGCUGGUUUCGUGAAAAAUACGGUAUUCCCAGCCUUCUCCCAAGCGGACACGGUCAUCCCCGGGCCCACGGUAGUCAUGGGCAGCACUGGAAAGACGACACAGUGGAUCGCGGCGGAGUAAAGUCGAUUCAGUACCCCCCACAACUGGAGCUGAAUGGGGUGGUCGAUGCUUCUGACGCGGAGAAAAAUGCCAAGCAGAAAAGCCCUAGCUAUGCCCCCUCACAGCAGCAUUCUAUGGGCCUUCCCGGUCCUUCUCGCUCUGCGUUUCCCGGUGGGAGCUCACCAAAGGUCUCAAUCAACCAGAGACAUGGACAUGGACCCAAGCACGGCCCCAAUCAGCAUAGCUCGAUUGCGAAGAGAAUUGACCUUUUGUCGUUCGACCCUCUCCCGGAGUACCCAUCCCUGAAUGCGGUGGGCGGCGGUAGCAUUGGUGGAUUGAAUUAUCCGACUUCUAGAGAGGAUGUUACUGUCGACAACGCUGAUAGGGCGCAGCAUGAGUUCGUCCGCAACAUUCAAUCUCUCAUGCCUACCUCGGCAGCCGCGCACACGGAGUACUUGCCCGGACCAUUUGAGCCGGCCAGCGCAGGUCAGAAUCGUCCCAAGAAGAUGCAGAAGUCCCGCCGUUUGUAUCAACCUCGAUCUCAGGUUAGUGAGCCUGAGGCCAGCUUCGACAGCACCGAACUCGACUCUUUCAAAAGUAUACAAGAUCCUGCGACCGCAUCCUCGAGCGUGGCGUCUCCGACCUCCAAGGACACUGCUGGCUCCCAGCUGGCAAGUCCCGUCGCCGGUCCUACUCAAGCGGGUGCCUCCGAACCUCCCACUCGUGGCGCCUCCCCGUCUGGACACUCGGGCUCUUCUUCCCUUGAUUCUGAAUGCAGUCCGCUUGUUCUUCGUGCCCAGGUCAAUGAGAACGAGUACAGAUCCAUUCCAAGCCCAAUUGGAAGCAAGAGAGUUCAUCGCAAGAAGUCCGUAGGGACUUCAAACGUUGAUUUCUUCAAGCUCACCAUAGGACAUGGAAAGUAA